UGCCCCGUUUCGCAAUGUCGGGGCAUCGAAUCAACAACGAAGGAUGGUUUCACCAGUCGAACAUGAAGCAUGGCUUGAUCGACAUGCGGCACAUUGAGGUCGACGGGCAGCUCGGCGCGCGGCUGGUGCACAUGGCCGAGACGAUGAUGCACCAUCAGCAGCAGAGCCAGAGCCAGAGCCAGGGCCAGAGCCAGAGCCAGAGCCAAGCUGGAAGUGCCAGUGCUAACGCUGGUGGUAAAAAGUCGGAGGAUGCGCAGCGGACGCCAGCGCAGGCCAAGGCAACGACGACGACGACAACGACGACGAGCUCUGCCAAGCAUCGCGCUGCACCAGCUGGGACCAGGCCUGCAGAGGCGAAUGCUGACGAUGACGACCAGUACGAGGAUAUCACGGACGACGAUGGCGGCGACGAUGACGACGACGGCGAUGACGGCGAUAAGAAGGCUGGAAACGACCGCGAUGAGGAGGACGAUGGCGACGAGUUUGACCGGCUUGGAGACGAUACCAACCACACUCAGCGAUCUGUCGAUACAAUUCUAGACGUCAUGAAUGCCAUCUAUGUGGCGGCACGGUCCGGGCAAAGUGGCGCACUCAGGGACUUUUUGGAGAUUUCCGCGAGCACCGCCAAGCAUUUGGCACCGGACGCGCCGCCUGGUAUGGUGCUCAACUUGCAAGAUCCGAGCGACGGUAGCACUGUGCUGCACCGUGCCAUUGAAGACGGCGACUUGCACGCCGCGGCCUUUCUGCUCAAGCACGGCGCCGACCCCAACGUCCAAGCGUGGGACGGCGCCACCCCGCUGCACCUCGCCGGCACCGACAUGCCCUUCAUCGAGCUGCUCUUCACCAACAAGGCCACACCGAUGCUGACGCCGUCCCGCCAGGUUAUUCCCACCAUCGAGGGGCUGUCGGUGUGGGAUGACGAUGCACCCAUCUCCAGCCCGGCAUUCCACCAGCUCGUCGGCAGCGAGGAGAGUUCCUAUUCGUUUGAUGCAAUUCGAAGGUAUGUGCGCGAAAACCGCUCCGUCCUCCAGGUUCCAGACACGUGCGGCUGCUCUCCGCUGCACGCGGCGGUUGUGGGCCAGCGAUUACAGCACAUGCAGCUGCUCUUGUCGCUAGGCGCCAACAUUAAUGCUUACAACAUUCGCUUUUUGACCCCUCUGGCUUCGGCCAUCAUGUGCGGGACGACAAAGGCAACGUGCUUUUUGCUGCGCCACGGUGCCAGCGUAGACAUGCCGGAAAUCUUUCAACAGCUCUUUCCCCAGACGUUCGGGUGCAGUCCGAUCCACAUGCUGCUGGUCCCGUUAAUGCACCGCGACCCGGACGACGAGUCAAAGCCGAGUGGCGUGGAUGGCAAUCCAUCGUUGAACUUGCAGGCGCUGAUGACCAUCUUCCGCCACCACCCGAACGCAAUCAAUACCAUUGUUACUCGGGAGCAAGAGACCCCGCUCUAUCUGGUGGUGGCCGGCAUCCUGCGGUUCAACCCCAGCUUGCAGUGCUCGGUGGCUUCCCGUUUUCUUGUCUAUGGUGCCAACGUCGACGCGUGCGGCGGCGGCAAGAACGCCUUCCGCAUGACGGCGCUUCAGGCGGCCAUCGUCUUUGCCAAUAAUCCAGCGUUGCUCCGGCUUCUUCUUGCAGCCUCGAGUAUGAUGGAUGCACCGUACAAGCACGGGCUUCGUUUGUUGCACAUUGCGUCUGAUCGCUACGCAGAGUGCGGUCGCGUUUUGCUCGCCGCCAACGCUGAUGUGAACGCGUGCUCCUUUGAUCUCUUGCCCCCGAUCUAUGUCCAUCUGUAUGGUGACGGCAGUCUCGUUCCAGACCUGUGCGCCCGCGGCAUCUCGCACGAGCCACCAAAGAACUUUGCGUGCGACUUUACGCCGCUCGGCUAUGCGGCUCGUUGCUGCCCAGAGAGCGUGGGGCACAUUCUGUCCGCCUCGAAGGACGCAAUCCAGGGCUUGAAUCGCAGCCGCAUGAAUGCGCUGCAGUGCUUGCUUGCAUCCCACUACGAUCCCGCGUUCUUGUUGGAGGAAACCCAUCGGCAAGAGCGCCAGAACGCUGCCGAGCUGCUCUUGGCGAGCGACAGCAUCAACCACAUUGCUGGCGCAGGGCGAAGCUCCUUGCACUUGGCGAUUAUUGUCGGCUCGCCAUCCCACGUUGACCUGGCGCUCAAGCAUCAGACCGACCACUCGGUCAAGGAUGUGUUUGGGCUGAGCGCCUUCCAAUACGUGCUUGUGAUGAAGAAGCUGUCGUCCAAGUUGGACGCUUUCUUUCAACAGGUUGGCGCCCAGCCGCAAUGGCAGACCCACCUUCGGAGGUACGACGCGGCUCAGGUGCUCGAGGUGAUUGAACGUCACAAGCCAGGCUUUUUCUCCACGGUCGAGUUCAGCGACGACCACAUUGUUUCCAAGAGGGCCUUCUUUGAGCUGUCGCUUCUGGAUGUCGCUCUUCACGCCGCAUGGAGCCCCACCUACACUGAGGAGGCUCGCGCAAGCUUGACUGACCACCGUAUUCACAAGGCACGAUAUGCACCCGACUAUCAAUUUGUCAACCGGUGCUUCAACCUCUCCAAAGUUCUGCAGUGCUUCCAUAGUGACAAGGCCGAGGCCGUUCGAGCGGAGAUUCUUCAACAGCGCUCAGACAUCCCGUCACUGGCAUUGAAUGUAUUCAACCUGUUGGAAUGCAUUCAAUGCGAAGAGGCGGGCCUCGAAGCAAGACUCCCCGAUAGCCAAUGCAAGCACUUGCCAGCAUGUGACGCGAGUGCGUUUUACAAGCCUCCACAGCGCGGCAGCGGCAAAAAGUAGUGACUUUGAUCAACGAACGCAUCGUUUUGUUCUGCGGGGUUGAGGUUUUUUGGUGGCUGAUGAUGCGUUUUGGAAAUACAACACCUGAUAACUACUA